UGCGAUGCCAGCUGUAUGUAUGACACACCGUCUGUCCGUCAAUUCAUUGAUCCACAGUCAUCAACUUGCUCCAUUUGACAGACAACACGAUCCAAUCUUCCCACUCCCAUCGCACAGCUGGUGUGUGUCCAUCACGUCACCAAUACCCAUGCACACACAUGGCCGCUCGCCUCGCCUUGUCAGCCCCUCGCCGCGAUCAAAGGUGAGGCGGUGGACGGCGAUGGGGGUGAGGGCUGGCAGAUGCCUCUAGCGUCUCAAUCAGCUCCGGCUGGCCCACACUGACACAAAAGCAACAUAGCGCCAUUCGCACGUCGCAUCGGCUGUCUGCCUUGUGACUUACCCUGCUGUUCUGUACGCUUCAAGCAGCAUGGCGACCUCGCCCUUGUCUUGGCCCUCCCUCGCCCACUGGCUUACCGACCCUUCAAUGGCCUCCAAACACCACCUGGCCUCGUCACACGCUGCAGCCGUCUCGUCACCCUGCUGCUCAUCGCCCAGAGCCAUGAUGGACAAGGCGAUGGCUAGGUCAGGGAGUAGAGGCGAGUCGGCCUGUCUGGCCUCGAUCUGACGCCGCACGGGGACCAGCUCGGAACGGAGAGACCGGAGGUAGCGGGCAUCGGUCACCUGACGAAACGAACGAACGAACGAACGAACGAACGAACGGCCCACUGUGUGUCAAUGAGUUUGAUUCCUUGUGUGUGUGUGCCUACGUUGAGUGCGGCAAGUGCAACGGCGAGGUCAACGAGUGUCCGCAGAGGGAUCGUUGUGCGGCUGGUCACUCGGUCAAGGGCACGGCACACACGGCGCACGUUCGCCCUGCGUCGCAUGCACAACACAGAGAUUUGGGCAGGUGCUUGUGUAUUUGUGUUUUGUCCUUUUUCCCUUCGCACCUGAGCACGUUGGCCAGAGUCCCCUUGAUGGGUCUGUGGUUGGUCUCGGCUGAGGCGAGGGCGAGCUGGGCCAUCAUGCGCCCGAAAGCCGAGCUCAUCGCGUUGCUCCCCUUAGCGUGGCGCAUCGCACGAUCGCUGCACACAGGAAAAGAGAAAGAGUGUCACCGGUUGAAUCCACACGUACGACACUCACUGAGGCACGUCCCUCCGUCCGUCCGUGCGUACCAGAGAAUCUCCUCCACUCGCUCGAGCAUUAUGCCCACUGUAACGUCCCCAUCUCGCCUCCGGUCAUGCCACCACCUCCCCAAUGCUAACAUGCCCUUGCUGAGAAUGCCCGUAACGUCGCCCACGUUGCCCUCCACACACACAUUCACGAAGCGGCAGAUGUCCCGCGUCUCGCACAUAUUCCCCUCCCCGCCUGCGUUGGCCCUGUCCAGCAGCUGCUCGCCUUGCAUGGCAAGGGCGUCCAGAUGGGGGCGGAGGUCGGGCUGCGGGAAGGGCAGCACCUGGUGCAACAUUGCUGUUAUGUACUGACAACGAGCGGCAUGGGACAAGGAAAGGAGGCACGGAUAAUGUGCGUGUUCACCAGCGAUGGCGUGCUCGUGCUCAGGUCACCCUGAGAGCGGUCCGCGUUGUCCAGGGUGGUGACUGGAUGCGGUCGACCGUGAAGUGACGAAUGAAGGGGCCGGUGCCCGGUGCCUCGGCAGCAGCCAUCAGAGCCUCAGAAUGUCGAACAAUGCUGACUGCCGACAUUGCCUCCUGCGCACAUACACACAGAUACACACACACAGAGAUAGAUAGAGAGAAGGAGAAAGAGAUAGAGAGGGAGAGGGAGAGGGAGAGAGAGAGAGACAGGAAUUAUGCACAUUUGCUUCUUCAAGUGAAGAUCCCGUGCAUUACGACAGACUAACGUGUAUUGACAGGGCUUGUCUCUUGUCUUCCUUGAUGAUCCUCUCAAGCAGCGGCACGUGGAGGGCGGCGGAAACAUUAGUGUGUUGCGAGCAGAGCCACAGGAGCGGGAUCAAACCCUGGGGAAACGAAACGGCACAGACAACGAAGUCAGCCCAUCCCAUCGGUGCACACAGUCUCCUCUGUUCUUUCUCUUACCUCCCUCUCCUCCUCGGUCAGCUCUGUGCCGUCGCGCAGUCGCUCCGUCCACCGCGCAAACCCCUCCUGUGUCGGCUUCUCUCCUCCCCGCCACCUCCACAUGUUCACCGCCCAUUGCACCAGCCCAACCUCCCCGCCCACCCGCAGCAUUGCCAGCAGCGCCCGCUCCUCGUCCGUCUUUCCAUACUUCCUUUCUUUCUCAAGAAUGCCUUUUAGUGCCUCCCUUUCGCUGCCUCUCAACUUGCCCAUCCGAGCCAUGGCCACGUCGGCAAGAAGCGAUCGGAACCUCUCAACAGUGCCGUCCCCGCUGUCCUCCUGUUCCCGCGCGGUCACCUCGAACAGCGACACGAGCACACCGCCAUGCACCUGUUGCGGGAUGGGCUCCUCCUUUGCGUCCAGCAGCGCAUUCAUCAGUUUCCGUUUGACCUCCCCUGCCUUGUUGACCGUCGCACGGGCAGCCAGCAGGAGCCAAGUGCCCUUAACGUUGCUGCAGUAGAAGGUUGGGUGGGACUGGAGGGACUGCAUGAGCGCGGUGUCUGCGAGGUCGACAAAUGCUGGGGCGGCGAAGGGGAGCAGAGGGGCAUACAUGACCUGCAGCAGGGCAGCGAGAUGGCGGGGUCGCUCGGAACAAGCCGCGAGGAAGCCUUCCGUGUCGUUGAGGGCCCUGUAGGAGCGACCACCAAGUACAUGUAUGACGAAUGCAGCCGGUACACGAUGUUCUCUUUCUGUUCUCACUUGGUGGCUAUGCCGCGCCGCACCCCUUGAUCAAUCACUCCGAAGCGGUCAGCGGCCUGUGCAAUCUGUCCCACGUACUUGAGCAUCGUCCUGUCCCACUUCCAGUCCCCCUCCACCAACGCCUCCCCGUCGAUGGCUGCAACGGCGUCACUCAGAGACUCUCGCACAGUCCCCGGACACCUGUGAUAAAGCUCCCCAGCGGCGAAGACCAUCAGAGCCCGUUCCCUCAUCGGCAUGCAGGAAAUGUUGUCGGCAUUGGUAAGAUAGGAGAGGAGCGCCCUCACCCACUUGCUGAUAGACUCCAUCAGCCGCGGGUCUCUCUUGGUCUUUCGCCUGCGUGGAGGAACACGGAAAGCCCUCGACGUGACGUAGGCGAGGUCCACUGCCUGCGUUGGUGGCAGCGCAGGCAGGAUGGCCGUCAAGUGGUCAAGGUAGAGAGGCGCGACUGUCCGAAAGGCCUUAAGGCAAGGGUGGCUGCUGGCCGAGGCGAACAUCGCACAUGACUUCAAAGUGCGGAUCAGCACGUCCGUCGGCACACUAUCCACAACGUAGCUCGGGUCGGCAGAUAGCGCCUCCAAAGAAGCCGUAAUGAGCGGCGCCAGCAUGUCCACCUCUUGCCGCCUCUCGUGUAGCGGCAGGGACGCCCUGCUCCUCCCAUCACCAAGCACCAACGCGUCAAGGAACGCCUCGCAGACGGCGAGCGGUGUAGAGGGUCCUCCACUCCUCGGAAGCAUCGAGUCAGCCGACAAAUCGCCUCGUAAGUCCGCGAUUUCUUGCUGGUGAUGCUGUUCACCUGCCAGUGCUUGGCGCGGAUCCAUCGACGAGAGGUGCAGACCGAUGUGGCGACGAUUCAUCGUUCGGAGUGGACGGGAUAGAGGGAGCGUUGGGCUGAGGUAUGCUGAUACGAUUGCCGGGAUGCUCAGCAUGAGGGAAAAGCUGAAGAUGGGGAUGAGUGAGGAAGCCAUCCAUCUAGAAGAUGAACCAAUGGAAAGCAGGGACUUCUGUUCCUGCUGGCAGGACGCACGCAAUGGGUGGGGUGAAUAGGAGCCUCCCC